CAGAUGGCGCUGCCGUCGGAGCCGGAGGAGCCGCCGCAGAUCUUCUACGGGCCCACACAGCAGAUCGUCACCAACGAUCUCAGGAGCCUCGACGAAAUGGUCCGGGACCUGGUGGAGAGAUGCGCGUGUCCAUCACAGUUCCCGAUGGUUAAAGUGUCCGACGGCAAAUACAGGAUCGGCGACACCAAAGUCCUUAUCUUCGUCAGGAUUCUGCGUAACCACGUGAUGGUUCGCGUGGGCGGAGGAUGGGACACUCUCGAGCACUACUUGGACAAGCAUGAUCCCUGCCGCUGCAGAGCUGGUCACCGCGUGGUCGUGGGUUGCUCACACAUCGGCUUCAAGACGACGCCUAACAGUGACCGUCAGCUGUCGUCAGUGACGUACGACAGGUGUGACGAGGGUGGCUCUCCACUGCCGGGUCGUCGUCGCAGCUCUGCUCCUCCACGUCGCGACUCCAGCGCCGCGCAGUCUCUUCGUCAGCGCUCCCAGUCACCCGCCAACGUCACCAGGGUUGCUGGCAAAGGACCUUUGCCUCAGUCAACCCUUGCCCUGCCCGAGGACGGGGAUGGGAAGUCCCCCGAGCCCAAUGCCUGGUGCGAUUCAUCGUCCGAAGUCAGCGACGAAGGCUACCGUAGUCAGGGAGCUCCCCGACCCUCACCCCGCUCCCGACGCCAACCCUCGAACCCCAAGGCUGCCAACGCCGAUACCGAGCGUCCCGAGUCAUCCAUGACCCAGACGUCAUCGGAGGGCUCGUCUGUGUCGGCGGAUGACUUCGGUAUGCCAUCCACUCCUCCCCGAAGCCCAAGUGAUCUGCACAGUUUUUCCCGCACUUCUGCUCCCCAAGCGCCUCCCCGCACCAAAAAUUCUCCUGCCAGCGUUGCCGCCAAAAAUGCCGCCGCCAAGAAAAAGAAGACGACGGUCCCAUGCGAGACUAGUCGACCCGCGUGGAACUUGGCCCCGAGCCCCAAAAAGAAAGAGCCCAAGCGGCGUGGCAGCUGCGCGGAUCUGUCCGCAGGUUAUCCCAUGAGCCGCAGCCGCAGCACCAACAGUGACAACGGCUUUCAAUCUCUCAGUCGCAAUAUUCCCGCCAGAAAAUCCUUGUCUGCCUGCCGCACGAAUAAAAAUACAGUAGAACCUCCUGUACGUAACCCAGGGACAUGGAACGGCCGCACGAGCGCGGGCAGGGCCACCGUCAACACUGACAUGUACCGGCCUCCUGCCUCUCCUCGAGGUUUUCGGUCCGCUUCGGCUUCGCCCGGUCCUGUUCGACGCAACAUGGGACAUUCAGCCCCCGUGACUCCCCAGACCCGCUCCCCAAAGUCCUCAACUCCAAAUUCUAACCUCGCCUCCCCUACUCACUUGGACGACCUGCCCGACUACCUGCAGCAGCAGGUGUCAGGUCUGAGUGACGUUACCUCUAAACCCAGCGUAGAGAUGCUCCAGCAACUGGAAAAUCUUGUAAACAGUUACAGGGUAAAAGUUUUAGACCAUUUCGCUGAAGAAGGCAAAGAGCCUCCAUCGCAUCUAGCCGACGACUUCAGCUGCUCAUGGGUUCGCAACGCUCACUCGCUCACCAAUUCCCCGAAGAAAAUUCCCCGACCUCUGCAACCCAGCUCUGAGCGACCUGUCCCCAAGCUAACUCCUCGCAGGGAUGGUUUGGGGUCCCGGAUCCCCGCCCCCGUAUAUUACCCUCCGCAUAACACCCCAUCCUGAAGCUCUCUUUCCUUGGAAGCUUCUGCAUUAUAGAUUUUAAUUUUAUACGUAGAUUUUAAGUUAAUUUUAAUUUCAUUUGUGUAUAUUUGAAGGACUACUAAAUCUUUUUCGUAAUGAAGCAUUAACUUAACGUAAUCUCGUGUUUAGCUUGCUUUGCUGAUUUCUAAUUAUGUAACUAAUGAAUGAAGUGUAGUCAUUUAUUGCAUAUUACGGCUGAAUAUUACAGGCACCUUAUUUAUGUCACGUACUUAACGAUCGUGAAGCACGUCAAAAUAAGUAGGCGAGUGACUUUGGUUCUGUUAAGAUUCCAAGCGUUUCUCCAACAUUGGUGAUGAAUGGUAUUGUUUUAACCUGAAAAUUUUAUUUAAACGGUAUUAGAUCCUAACAAACUGCACUAAAUAACUAAAGAUAAAUGAUGUCGUUUUUACCGAAUGUCAAACAGCUAACACAAAUAUAUUAUGGGCAAGGAUUGAUGUAGAUAGAAUGAAAUGCAAAGUGAUAUUAUAAUUCAGGUUUUUAUCAGUAGCGUAUUAACAACAAGUUGACGGUAUAUUUGUAGGUGGUGUUAAUUGAUGUGCUGAUCGCUACUGCGAUAGUUAUUUGAAUUUAAUAAAUAUGUAGAGCUAAAGAUAGAUGCACUGAUGCUCAGGUCAACUAUUUAAUUGUUGAUAUUCCCUUUAAACGGUUACUCGUCAACAUCGUGAAUCUAUGCAGCGCUUUCCGUUCUCUUUAGGUGCAAUUAAUUCAGUGAUUAAUCAGAAUAAUGUAAUUAAUUAUUGUUUAGAACUUCGUAUUUUAUUCUUACUUAACUUGAUUCUUCAAAAUAUUGCUGAAAUUCUACUGUUGGAUAUUGCCUAUUUACAGUAGUUGGUUUUUCAUCUGUCAUAUUUUCGAGACUAUUAUGUCAUGGGAGUAAUUGUCUUCAUGAUUCAUGGUUAAAAUUGGUGCAGAGGCUCGAUAACUGCGAUAUUUUUAAAUAUAAGUGUAGGUCAAUGAUAAGGUCAAUGUAACUAAUGUUUUUUCUAACUCAAAAGAGCGUGCUGCAAUGCCAAGCAUAUUUUCUGCUCCUAAAUAUGACUGAUGAUCGGCGAUGAGAGGCUUAGCUAUAUUAGCCAUAAUUACGACGCUUGUAUGAAGUGACCGUUUAAAUCGAGAUGAAUGUUCUCCAAACCUAGAGGCCGUGCGUCUUCACGGCCGUUGUUACGAACAUCACUUGUUCUUGCCGGGCGUUUCUUGACCGUAGUUACGUAAAUCAUUUGUUCUUGCCGGGCGUCGCCGCGGCCGUAUAGUUACGAACGUCGUUUGUUCUUGUCGUGCGUCUUCAUGGCCGUAGUUACAAACAUCAUUUGUUCUUGCCGGGCAUCGCCGAGGCCGUAGUUACGAACAUUAUUUGUUUUUGUAUUGCGUCCCGUGGCCGUAGUUACAAACGUCGUUUGUUCUUUCCGUGCGUAUCCGUGGCCGUAGUUACGAACAUCAUUUGUUCUUGCCGGGCGUCGCCGCGGCCGUAGUUACGAACGUCGUUCGUUCAUGCCGUGCGUUUCCAGAAUGCACGUAACUUGCACAAUUCUUCUCGCUCUGAACGCUUCGUGGCAGAAAUAUAAUUUAAUGUUAAGAAUUGAUUGAAGCUAUUUUAUUCGCGCAUCUUUGUAUUGAGAUUAUAUUUGCUCUAACAAACUUUAUCCUUCAUAAUAAGUUUAAUUCGAUAUUAUAAUUGGCUUGGAUUAAGUGGUGCCUAGUAAUUAGUUCUUAUAUCUAUCUAUUGUAAUCAUUUGAACUGUUAUGCGAGUAGUCUCUGUUUUAGGAUUUAAUGUAGAUAGUCUUGCUAUUCGCUUUCUCUUUGUGGUGCUCAUGUUAAAUCAAGAUUUUGAUUGAUAAAUUCAUAAUAUUUCCUUCGUUAUUAUGAUGAGGCUGGGUUUAAGCCCCUAGAACUCCUACAAUAGCCUAUUGUCUUCGUGACUUAUAAUCUUAGCAAAUCAUGAUUAUCUUAAUGUCAUUAAUUAGCUCCCUUCAUAAUCUUAGAGCCUUUAAUUAAUGAUUAUCUAAGCGUCCUCAAUUUUCAAUUUGCCUGCUCCCGCUACGUCUGUGGCUGCUCUGUAACUCUGUCAGUUGUCAUACAAGUUUCCUUUGCUUUUAGGAACCCCGCAACACUUAGGCUGUCUUUGCUUUCGAAACUAUGUAAUACUUUCGAAACUAUGCACUAUGUUGAAUUCUACUAAAUUGGUCCUAGCUCGUUACUGUAGCUGAUUUUUACUUACAACAGCUCGGCAGGUGUAAGUUUCUCUUACAAAUUAGUUUACAAAGUCUAACCUGAUUUCUUGGAAAUUGGCGGCAAUAAGAUAAGGAUAUUAAAUUUGAACAGCUUGCUUCCACUCGUAAUGUUUUAUUGUGGUGUUGUGUAAUUAAAGCUUUCCAGCCCUCUGUAUUUCCCCUAAGGUUUAGAUGUACAUUUAACCCUUUGAAAAACGCUUAUCCCCAGUACAGGCUUCCUGUCGUUGUCUUGUGUUUUGCUUUUGAUGGAUCAAUCAUACUAGCUGGAUUAGUUGAUAAAUGCAUGGGUAACCUGUGCAAUUAACGCACAAUAAUCUUGUUUCGAGCAUUGAGUCGCUUAUCUUCGCGCGUGAGCAAAUUUAAAAUCAAUUACUUCGUUGAAAAUUUGUCUGGUAUAAUUGAUGCCUUACAAUUUGCCUAGAUAAACGGCCUAUGACUCCUCACGAUACCCGGUAUUAGAAAACUAAACUAUGACAUUGCAGCACGAACGAGGACUGCAAGUCACUCCUCGCAAUUUUGAUAAAAUUUUUCUUCGAGAGGAUUCUCAUUAGAACCCCUGAAGCCUCUUUUUUCCUUCAUCUGCCAUGCCUUCUCUAGUGUAGAUUAUAUUAAGAAAAUGCCUUUCCUUCGCGUUAAUAAUUAGAGUUAAUUCGCAACGCUUCGUGAUAUUCAGAAUUGACUUUCCUCCAGUAGUGAAAUUAACUUCACCAAUCGGCGAAGCUUCGGCCUUCUUCGCUUGCGUUCAACCGUCCCAUUGCAUUGCCUGUGUUCGUCCAUAACCAAAACUCCUUCCAAAUUCUUGCCAAGCGUAGUCUCGUACUCCACGCUCAUUUCUGUUAGAUGCACUGCAAUUAAACUUCAAUUAUCUCCAAAUGUAAUAAAUCUCACGGAAAUUCAUAUCUUCUCAAAGGCUCGAGGUAUGCUAACAAUAAAUGGCCUAGUCCCAUUAUUCAAUCUGUAUUGUUUUUGAAACGUCGAAUAAAAUUAUUACCUUGCCAUGACGAGAAAACUACGCGAUUUCAGUAAUUCCUCGAUUGUUCAAAGAAACAAAAUGUCCAGAAAAAGGUCCUUAACGUCUAUGGAUGUAAAUACUGGAAGAAUACAGACAGCUUCAUAUCUCUUAGAGAUUGCUUACCCAAUGCCACUUAAUUAAUUGAUAUCCUGCUGUUGGCACAAAUAAAUUGUGUUUACUAUCCCUCUACUGAAUUCUUACUCUCGGUAAACUUUCCCCAGAAUAGAUGUCGCUGCAUGAUAAUUACUUGAUAAGAAUUGUUUAUGAAUCCCUUGUGUAGAUCAGCUGUUAUUUCUCCAGAACAUGAGCUGUUUUUAGUAGAGUUUGACUUAAGGUGUAGUCCAUUGCAAUCAUACCGGGUGACAAUUUCAGCUGUUGUGCCAGGAAAAUAACGAUAUAGAAUCAUGCCAGACCCUGAGACCGCCGAUAAUGACGACAACUAAGAUGGUUUAGGGUGUGAAUAUCUCCAGCUCUGUGAUAUAUGGCCUCGCGGAAAUAGGAUGCGAAGUCCAUUAUGGAUGUGUCCUUGUCUGUGAAGAGACGAUGCUACAAUUUGUGUAACUUAAUAUUUUCUCCGAGUUUUAUGCAUCAUGCUUUCAAGAAUGUAAUCUCAAUGCUACCACGUAUCCUAUCUCUUUGACGAAUUCUAAAUUUUUAAGUUAACAAAUUGUUCCCAAAAUUCUUUCUGUAUGAUAGGAUCGUUAAAAAUUUCUGUUUCCCAAAAUAGAAAUUCUGCCCAAAUCUAAGAAAUUUACGCUAAAUUUUGAAGAACUAGAUGUUGCUGCAAAAUAAUAUAUGGAUAACCUGAUCAAUAAAUAGUAAUAUUACUUGUAAUUUGCUUAAUCGUUCCAGUAUUUUAUAAAUCUCACGAGAGCGUUUCAUUCAUUUGCAAACUGAGGCGUGCAUCUGCAAGUGCCAUGUUGAACAAAUGGUUUUAUCAGUUUGAAUUUAGGUUGUUUAGAUGGUUUAAAAAUAGAAUUCGAUCGUUUGCUGAAUUACCAGUGAUACGGCGGCGUGAAACUUCCGCAGUUGUAGGAACUAUGAAACUUUCAUCAUGGUUGGUAACAUCGGCACGUGUUUCCAAAAUUGUGGUGACAAUCGGUCUUAGAGUUACGAUUUGCACAUGCAUUUUCUACUAGCGCAUAAGGAAAUUUUGCAGUAAUUUCUUACAUAUUUUCUAGAAAAAUUUGUGGUCCUAUUUUCAUGAACAUUCUUGUAGCGGAAAAUCAUUAUAUUCUUUGUAUUCGUUGUAAAACCGUCAUGCCGGACAUUCCAUUUUUGCUUGCUUUUAAUUAAAAACGGCAAUUGUCAUUUUCGAGGAGCACUGAAUUGUGCUCUGCUCUUAUAUACCGGGACUGAGUGCUGCAUUUCUCAAGCUAAUUUAGUGUAAUGAUAAUCGUAUUUUCGUUCAUAUUUCUUAUUAUGGAAUUUGUGUGAAAACAAAUGCAGUUUAUAUGUAAAUUAUAAAUUGUUCACAAUAAGGUGAUUUGUUUCCUCAGUUCGAAAGCAUAAUAAUUUGGCGGACUUGAACGUACAUCACUUCCUGUCAGCAUGCAAGUAGUAAAGAAUAAGUGUGUAACUCAGUGGUCGUAUAGACGCUGUGCAAGUAGGCUGUUUGGAAGUCCAUAUUCCAAGAUUUUCACACCGGGGGAGGAGGGUUGGGGGGAACGAACAAGAUCUGUCAUGAAGGUAUGAAUAUUGAGGAAAUACUAUGUGAUUAUAUUUUAUUCUAAGGUGUGUUUCGUUAGAGUUUUGUCUGCAGUUUUGUGAAGUUUUUCUUUUUUUAACUGCUUGAUUUAUCAGGAAUCCUAUAUUAUUUCCAUCUUAACGGUUGAAACUGUGUUAAAUGGUCAUCUGUUUUCCCAAAAAAGUAGUGGAUUUAAUUAAAAUGAAACAUUUGGGUCAUUAUCUCAACAAUAUGAUUAAAAAAUCUGUAAUUAAGUGUCAUCUCAAUCAAAAUUCACAUAUCCGAUGAAUGGAAUUGUUUCGGAAUGCAUUUCUGUGUUUCAUGGCAAAAGCAGAGAUUUAGCUUCAAGUCAAUGAGAAUCUGGAAGGGAAUAUAAUUUAUUAAUUUUGCUGUAGUCUUUCCAAUCAAUAAACCCUACGAUAA